CUUUUUAUAUAGUUUAUAGCAUAGACAUAUUUUUUUAUUUUAUUUUAUUUAUAUAUACAUACACAUAUUCAACAAUUAUGGUGAAUGCUACAGAAUCAUUAUCCUCUUCUUCUUCUUCUGACACUCAACUAUUGAAAGGUUGGAAGACACGAUUGGCAAGUUUAGCUGAUUUACAAGUACCAACAGAUUAUCCUCGACCAUUACCUUCUCGUUCAGUGGAAGAAGUACAAACUUGUGAAUUACCUGAAAAUACAUUACUUAGUAUUCUUCAACUGUCUAUCAAUCAAAAGGCUACUCCUUAUUCUAUUUUAUUGGCUGCUUUUGCUGUACUGUUACAACGUUAUACUGGCGAUGAAGAAUUCGCCGUGGGUUCUUCUUCUUCUUCUGGUAAUCCUCUUGUACUUCGUUUAUCUGUGGAUCCUACAAAUCCUUUUCAACGUAUCGUGGAAAUGGUACAAAAGGUUGAACAAGAAUCUUUGGAAAAUGAAGUACCUUUUGAAACAUUGGUAAAUUAUAUGCAUCAAGGCACUGAUCCUGAUAGUCGACGACCUCUUUUCCGAGUCUGCUUUUACAAUGAAACCGAUACACCAUCACAAACACAAUUAUCCUUCACUUCAAGUAAUGCAGAUAUCACUGUUUUUAUUACUUCGGAUACCUCCAGCUCAUUGCGUACUUCUUUCUUACGACCUAUUACCAUUCGAAUUGUCUAUAAUCAAAUCCUAUUCUCACCUCGUCGAAUUGAAUAUCUUUUGACUCAAAUCAAUACUCUCUUACUUGAAGCUGGUACUGGCAUAGCAGUAGGCAAGAUUCCUUUAUCUGAUACAAGUAGAGAUUCUCCUUUACCUGAUCCAACUACUGAUCUUCAUUGGUCCCUUUGGCGUGGUGCAAUUACUGAUAUUUUUUCUAUCAAUGCUGAAUCUCAUCCAGAUCGUCCUUGUGUAAUUGAAUCUUCUGAUUCUGGUACUGUUACAACUUUUACUUAUCAACAUAUACAUCAUGCUUCUAAUUUGGUGGCUCAUUAUCUAAUUGAUCAAGGUAUUCGUCGGGAAGAUGUUGUGAUGAUUUAUGCAUAUCGUGGUGUCGAUCUUGUUGUCGCUAUCAUGGGUGUUCUCAAGUCAGGUGCUACUUUUAGUGUCAUUGAUCCUGCUUAUCCUCCUGCAAGACAAGAAAUUUAUCUAUCCGUUGCCAAGCCUCGUGGAUUGAUUGUGAUUUCUGAAGCUGGUCAAAUUGCUUCAUCUGUGCGUGAAUAUAUUAAAAAGGAACAAGAUAUUGUUUGUGAAAUUCCUGGACUCAAGAUUCGUGCUGAUGGUCAAUUGGAUGGUGGUAUUUUACCUGAUACCCUAACUGAUUGUUUGAAUGGUGUCCGUUCCAAGGCUUCUGAAAAUACUGGUGUAGUUAUUGGUCCUGAUAGCAUUGGUACUCUUAGUUUUACGAGUGGAAGUACUGGUAUUCCCAAAGGUGUUCGUGGUCGUCACUUUUCACUAACUCAUUUCUAUCCUUGGAUGGGUGAAACUUUUGGAAUUUCGGAAAAAGAUCGAUUCACCAUGCUCUCUGGUAUUGCUCAUGAUCCCAUUCAACGUGAUAUCUUUACUCCAUUAUUUUUUGGUGCUGAAUUAUAUAUUCCUACUUCUGAAGAUAUUGGUAUCCCUGGUCAACUAGCUGAAUGGAUGAAUCGAACUCAAGUGACCAUCACUCAUUUAACACCUGCUAUGGGUCAGCUAUUAUCAUCUCAUGCUCAAAACGAAAUCCCAAGCCUACGUAAUGCCUUCUUCGUUGGUGAUAUCUUGACUAAGCGUGAUGCUGCUCGUAUUCAAAAAUAUGCUCCCAAUGUGGCUGUCAUCAAUAUGUAUGGUACAACUGAAACUCAACGAUCUGUAUCUCAUUAUGUGGUGCCUCCUCGUUCAACACAUCCAGCAUUCCUCAGUUCUCAAAAGGAAGUGAUCCCAGCUGGUACUGGAAUGGUGAAUGUACAAUUGUUAGUGGUCAACCGUCAUGAUCGUACUAAAAUGUGUGGUGUAGGAGAAAUUGGUGAAAUUUAUGUUCGUGCUCCCGGUUUGGCUGAAGGCUAUUUACGUCUACCCGAUGCAACGAAUGAAAAGUUUAUUCCUAAUUGGUUUGUGGAAAACCCCUAUGACAACGAUGAUGCCAACAAUGAUGAAGCUCUAGUGGAUGGUAAAGAAUGGAAACAACAUUGGCAAGGCAAGCGUGAUCGUAUGUACCGGUCUGGUGAUUUGGGGCGUUAUCGACCUGAUGGUACUGUGGAAUGUACAGGUCGUGCUGAUGAUCAAGUCAAGAUUCGUGGAUUCCGUAUUGAACUUGGUGAAAUCGAUACUCAUCUCUCACAACAUCCAAUGAUUCGUGAAAAUACCACUUUAGUGCGUCGAGACAAGAAUGAAGAACAAACUCUGGUGGCUUACUUUGUACCUGUGCAAAAUAUGGAUAAUGCCUUUGCUAGUCAAGAUGAUGGUGCUGGAUCUGAUAAUGAUUCUCCAACGACCGACGUUCGCUCUCGACAUCGUUAUAGAAGACUGAUCAAGGAUGUACGUGAUUAUCUAAAGAAGAAACUUCCUUCCUAUGCCAUCCCUUCGGUGUUUGUUCCUUUGGUACGUAUGCCAUUGACUCCCAAUGGUAAGGUAGACAAGAACGCCCUUCCCUUCCCAGAUACUGCUCAAUUCAAGGAUACUGGAAAAGAAAUUACUCCAUCUGCUGCUAUUCCCGAGAUGACCCCUGUAGAAAACUUGAUUCAUUCUAUUUGGCAACAACUUUUACCCUCACCUGAACCUGUGAUUGGUCUGGAUGAAAACUUUUUUGAUAUUGGUGGUCAUUCCCUGAUUGCUACUCGAUUGAUCUUUGAAAUCAGACAAAAGUGUCAAGUAGAUGCUCCUCUUGGUCUGGUGUUUGCUGAACCUACUAUUCGUGGACUUGCCCGUCAAGUUACCAAGUUACAAAAUAAUGAAGUCUUAUUGGCGGAAGAAGUAAAACAACAACAAGAAGAAGAAGGUCAGGAAAAGGAAGUGGUUGAUUAUGCUGCUGAUGUGGAAAUAUUAGCUGCUGAAUAUUUGGAAACGACUUAUCAACCUCUACUCGUCUCAUCAAGAAAUAACGCACAAGAAAGAAGGACCAUCGUUUUGACUGGGGCUACUGGAUUCUUGGGUGCCUUUAUUUUGGGCAAGCUAUUAGAUUAUGAUCAUACUCGUGUGAUUUGUGUGGUACGUGCAAAGGAUACGGCUGGAGCAUUUGAUCGUGUCAAAAAGGCCGCCAUGUCUCAUGGUGUAUGGAAGGAUGACUGGAUAAGCGAUGACAACAACAAGCGUGUAGAAGCAGUGUGUGGAGAUCUUGCAAGUGAUCGAUUAGGACUUGAUCAAGCGGAUUGGGAUCGUCUCUGUGGUGAAGCUGAUGCAGUGGUUCACAAUGGUGCUCUUGUACACUGGGUAUACCCUUAUCAUCAAUUACGUGCUCCUAAUGUCAUUGGUACUCUAUGGGCCAUGCGUUUGGCAUCUACGAUCAAGACCAAAUCGUUCCAUUUCGUUUCAUCGACUUCAGUAUUGGAUACUGCUCAUUAUGUUAGUUUUGGUAGUGAUCGUCUUGUUGCUGAAACAGAUGAUCUUGAAGGUUCUCGCGUUGGAUUGGAUGCUGGAUAUGGACAAAGCAAAUGGGUAGCUGAAAAGUUAAUUAUGGAGGCUCGACGACGUGGUAUGGCUGCUACUAUCAUUCGUCCUGGUUAUAUUUUGGGUGAAUCUCAUACUGGUGUCACCAAUACGGAUGAUUUCAUCUGGCGUUUAUUGAAGGGUUGUGUUGAAUUAGGUUUUAUUCCUUCUAUGGCUAACAUUGUCAAUCUGUGCUCUGUGGAUUAUGUGGCAUCCGUGGUAUCAUCUGUUGCAUAUUAUGAUGAAGAAUCAACCAAGCUUGAAGGUGGUGUCUUCCAAGUGACUCAUCCCUCAACAUUCACUUUCAACGACUUAUUCGGUACACUCCUAACCUAUGGAUAUGAUGUCAAGCAAACUGAAUAUAUUGAUUGGCGAAAUCGAUUAAUGGACUAUACAUUACAAUCUCAAGAUCACUCAUUGUUCCCUUUGCUUCACUUUGUCUUGGAUGAUCUUCCUACUUCUACCAAGAGUGCCUUGUUGGAUGAUACGCAUACCAAGACUAUUUUAGCUCACGAUAAGGUGAUCUGUCCUCUGAUGGGUGAUGAUCUGAUGGGAUUGUAUUAUGCUUAUCUUAUCAAAGCUGGAUUCUUACCUGAGCCUACUCUCCCAGCCACCAAGUCCCUACCUGUUUUGGAUGCUACUCAAGUGACUUUACUCAAGCGUAGUGGUGCUUCUCAUUAAUAGUUUUUUUUUUCUUUCUUUCUUUAUUUGUUUAUCUCUUUAUUUUUGUUUCCUUAUGAAACUUUGUAUAUUAUUUUUUUAUUAUUAUCAUCAUCAUCAUCAUUAUUAAUAAAAAAUAUACUUUGGUGUUAUGCUAG